AUUCUUUUUGAAUGAAGUUCGGCAUUGAUUUAAAAUAUAUCACAUUUGUGUUUGCUGAGGAUUUGAGUUGUUAAUAAUCUAUUAAUUUGGUGAAUAUUUGUUACUUACGAAUUUUGGGUUGUAAUGACAAAUAUUAGGCCUUUCACGUCUAGUGACCUUUUUCAAUUUAAUAAUAUAAACCUUGAUCCUUAUACCGAAACUUAUGGAAAUUUUUUCUACAUGAUGUAUUUAACCAAAUGGCCAGAGCUAUGUUUGGUAGCUGAAGGGCCUGAUGGUAGAAUUCAGGGAUACAUCUUAGGAAAAGUUGAGGGAACUGGGGAUAACUGGCAUGGUCAUGUUACUGCUCUCACAGUAGCACCAGAAUAUAGGCGACUUGGAAUAGCAAGAAAGCUUAUGCAGUCAUUAGAAGAAUAUUCUGAAAAGCAAGAUUGCCAUUUUGUUGACCUUUUUGUGCGAGUUUCGAAUAAAGUUGCCAUAAAAAUGUACGAAAAUUUCGGCUAUAUUGUAUAUCGACGAGUUCUCAGUUACUAUUCAGGAACACCGACUGAGGCUGAAGAAGAUGCAUUUGAUAUGAGAAAGGCGCUGCCAGCCGACAAAGAGAAGAAAUCUCUAAUAGCUCCUAAAGAUCCAAUUAGACCAGAGGAGCUUGAAUGACAAUGACUCGGAUACGCAGUUGAAAGACCUACUUGGCGACAACUAGGCAGGAAGUUUGGACCAACCAACGCUGAUGUUAUCACUGAACUUAUUGUGAUAUCUAUCCUUUGUACAGCAUUAUACUAUGCGUUUUGCCAUCCUUUUAUAGUUGGUGAAAUUUCUGGAGAUUUCUCAAUUAUUCUCGUUCAAUUGUUUGGCGUUGUUGGAACAAUUUUCAUCACUGGACUUCUUAUGUAUGCUUUUUUCCAGUAGUUGUUGCCAGGAAUGUUUGACAACUGCGUAUCCUGGAUGCGUCUUGUUAAUGCAUACCAAGAGCUUAUCUCUUUGAAGCUCGCAAGCAAAAAAAAGUCGGAUAUAGAGAAGAAUCAAAUAAGAAAUUCUCCCUAUCUGAUUUCACUUGUCGAAAUUAUGAUUGAUAAAAAGAGCGACUUUUUAUUUUAUCUAAAAUAAUAAUGAAUAAACUUUUAUAGUUUAUGACUAAAACUUAACUUAUGAUUAUUAUAUACCU